CCACCUUUGCUUCACACCACAACUAUGGAGCAGAUAAUUAAGGAGUUUAGCAAUGACAUUCUACUUCCUGAGGUCUUUGUUCCGUAUUCUACAAGUUCUUCGGAGUUUAUGUUGGGCCCGUGCUUCAAGGAUGGAUUUCCUUCGGAGCUCGAGUCAUUUUAUCCCCUAGCAGAAGGGGAGAAGCUACUUCUACACACACUGCAACCUGGUUGGCAGGAAAAAAACACGUGGAACUCAUGGCCAACUGCAACGGAAGGAUGGAUCCGUUGGGUCGACCGAAUGGAGAGGGUUAAGGGGGAGACCUGGCGGACGGCGGACAUAUAUGAUACAAUACAAUUAUCCAAAUUCAACAUACAAUGUGACCGCAAUUUGUUGUAUGCUGCACUGUGCUUUUGGUCUACAUCAGGUAAUGCAUUCCAUUUCAAUUUUGGGAUGAUGAGUCCAACGGUGUUCGACAUUUCUGCUUUGACAGGAAUUAGGCCUCAUGGUGAGGCAAUUAGCUCAGUCCUGGACAUCCAGCGUCAAAAGUGGGGCAAGAGUAAGAAAACAUCCUAUGAGAAGUUCAUCAAACUGAACAUGCAAAGAGAGGACGUAACUGAGGAGGAACAUUUGGCGUUCCUCAAUAUGUGGCUCUGCAAAUUUGUAUUUUGCAUUGGUUCGCGUAUAGUAGCGGAGGAGUAUGAUCGACUAGCCAUAGCUCUUGCUUCAGGCAGAAAGGUUGCUUUGGCUCCUUUCAUACUAUCUCAUCUAUACCGAGGUUGUAGAAGCGUAGUCACCCGGGGAUUUAGUAAUGCAGGGGGGCCCUUCUGGAUCCUACAGCUCUGGCUGCAGUCUUACUUUCCACAGUAUAGACCGUUGCCUUACGAUACAAAGAACUGUAUGACUUUUGGGAUUGCCCUGGCUCAAGGGAAUUUAAAACAGAACAGCUUCCGAGAGUGCUUUACCUUCUUCUACUCAUGCUCCUCCGUAUCUCCGAGCCAGUUCAUUCCGUAUUCACCAGGAUGGCUGCAAUUGGCGGAGCAUAUUCCAUCUAGUAAGGCAGCUCUAGACGCUAUCUGGUCCAGCUUCCUUAUUCCACGAGACCUCCAGUAUGGUCUCGCUUUAGGGAACUCAAGUGUUGGAAAAGCUGGAGUGGAGUAUUACUCACCAAAUCAGUUUGCACGGCAGUUUGGCUUGACACAGACAGUUCCUCUACCUCCUCAUCGGUCACUCAACGCUUCACCACUUGAAAGGGUUGUUUUCAAUUCAGAAAGUGGCAUUAGAGAAGUGGAUACGAAGUUCGAUCAACUGAAGAGAAAUUUCUCACUUGUCGAAUUUCGUCCUAAUCCAAUAUGUACGCCAUCAUUUGAGUCGUGGUGGUCUACUUACAUAAGUAGAACACGGACGGAAUCAGCUGAGCAGAUCCUAAAUAGGAUUAUCGGCGAGGAAGAAAUCAAGAAGAGAAGGAACAAAGGCUCUAUUUCGCAGCAAGAAAAAGAUAGCAGGCCUUCGAAAAAUUCAAAGAGGGAACUGGUCUCUGGCUCGAAAAAUGAUAUCGGACAUUCUCCUGGUGUUCCUGGCUCAAGUCACUCGUAUGUUAAUCGUUAUGAGAAGUCUGUCGCUGAUGAAGAUGUUGCCCCUUUAUCGUCCGAUGUCAAGUCACCUGCAGCACAAUACUCAGCAGAAGUACUUGAGAAAGCUAAAACUGAAGUUCAGAAGCUACUAAUGAUGCCUUUGGAACAAGUGCUUCUCCCGGACAACUACUCAUAUUUAGAGGCUGCUCUACCUAUAUAUGCUGAGUCACCUGAUCUCUCGAUUGAGAAAACACGUAAUUUGGAGGAACUCAGAAGAAAUCUUCCAUCUCUACUCGCAAAUUUUCAGGAGGCAAAGAAGCAGAAGGAAGAGUAUUACAAAGGGAGUGCCAGGAAGGUAAUGUUGGUCGAUGAUAUUAUUAGAAAACAGGAGCUUCACACUGGAAUCAAAGACUUUCUCGUUGGAAUCGAUGCUUCCAUCCAAAAUUUGAAGGAGAUCGAAGCACAACAAAUGAAUUUAGCUACGGAAAUUUCUCACUUGGAAGCUAAAUUGGAAGAACUGAGAGCUGCAUUUCCUGACUCAAAGAAAGACGCGGCUGAUUCUCUCGCGACACAAGCAGAGCUAAGUUGGGCCGACUACAAACACAAAAUAUGUGUUUAG